AUGCUACUUACUCCUGCGCACAUCCUGCGCCAAAAGGAUCCCUCGGCCCUGACCGAAGCCCUGACCCUUCGCGGUGAUCAGACCGGCGAUCCGGCGAAGUAUUAUCUGCUCCGUCGCGUCGCGAUGAUGCUGACGCGGCUGACGGUUGCCAAGGCGGUUGCCAAGACGGUUGCCAGUUUCGUCACCCGUCUGCAGCAGCAAAUACGCGCGGACAAUUUAAGGAAGUGCUCCGCGUCUGCAAAUAACUCAUAUCGAUAUCGAACAAUUAUUUGGAUAUUGCAUUCGCUCGGAUUGAUCGGAGGAUUAAAUUUAUUUUCCGAAACGAAGUCCGAAAUUUAUAAAUACUUCAAUCAAUCUGUACGAUCCUUCCCGGAUCUGGUGGCCAAUUUGACCGCCGAGAGCGCUAAAAUGUAUAACGGCAGCCAGCCGUACCCUGGGCAGGUGGGUUUUGAUAUGAAGGGUUAUAGCCAACAGGUCGCAACGCAUGCCUCGCAAAUGCAUGGCCACUGCUACCAGAAGCAGCGCUAUACACCGUACCCUAGCCCCAACUAUAGUGGCAUAGCCGGUGGACCUAGUAACUGUGGUGCACCGAGCACUAAUCAAAGCAAUCUGUGUCAGUCCAAUGCGAAUCAGUUGCAACCCCCAUUUCAGCCAGGAAACAGCUACGGCCAGCAGCAGGUUUCCAACAAAUCGCUGAAUUCUUCGCUCAACAGUAGCGGUUCUGAUUCGGGCAAGAACUCGACCUUCUAUAGUAACAACAUUAGCGGAUGUAGCAGCCCGCAUCAGAGCAACUACUCCACGGAUAGCUUGAGCACCGGCACCAGUAUUAGCAACCUGAGUGUCUCGAUGAAUACGACAUCGGAUCCUGAGAAGGAAUCGGUGGUGCUGCAGAUCAGCAAUCUCGAUGCGUCCAUCGAGGAGCACAAGAUGCGCCAGUAUCUGCUCUGUCAGCUGAAACCGAUCACACCCGUCCUGUCGCUAUCGAUCGAAAGUCCUUCGCUGGCGAAAGUGAAGGUUCCGUCGGCGCAAUGUGCCAAGCAGGUGGUGGCUAAUCUUCAUCGCAAAAAGAUCGGUCACAAGCGCAUGGUCGUGUCCUACAUACGAGAUCCAUCGUCGGCCGAAUCAACGGCCUUACGAUGCCAGGUAGCAGGACUGUUGAAUGACGUACCGUGCUAUACCCUACCGGUAAAUAGAUUCCGGGAGCUAUUUCAGUCCCGGUUUAAGUCGACGAUCUGUGUGCUCGAUUUGUAUCGUAUGCAGGACAUCUGCACCGUCUCAAUUGAUAAGAACGAUGAGAAGUACAUCACGCUCCAUCCCAAUCUGGUCGAUACACUGAGAAACAAUCCGCUGGUCGAAUCGUCUCAGCACAGCGUUCCGUAUUGUAUGUAUCACUUCAAGCAGCAAAAGGAGAAGGGUUGGGCAGAACAAGAGGUUGAACCGCUUCCGAGUGUCAUGAUGAGUAUUAACCAGCUGCAAUCGCUGAUAUAUUCGCUGCUGAAAACGCACAAAAGCGACAUCCCGGUGGCGAGCAUACUUUACUGCAUCGAGCACGAGCUGCAGGUCAACAUUAUACCGAACGAAAAUGGAGUUCCACUCGAGCACCUUCUGUGCUGCAUCCGAGGGGUGCAAAUCACCAACAACAGCUUCGGCAUUAAGGUGCUCUCGUGGUUAGACCACGAGCUCAAUUCUACCAAGGACAAUGAUGAUGGCUGGUCCGCAAAUCUACGCUAUAUGCCGGUUAGUCCGUCGAACGAGUUUUUGCAACAAAUUUCACGCGAAGUCGUUGAGCUGAUCAAGAUGUCACCGAAAUCGACGAUGCGCUUCACACGCUUCAUUCCAGCCUACCACAACCAGUUCGGCAAGCAGUGUCGUGUGGCCGAUUACGGAUACACAAGGCUGAUCGAACUGUUCGAAGCUCUGGCACCGGUGGUGCAAGUGAUGGGUGACGGUGAGAACCGUCAUAUUACGCUAACCCACCGUACCCAGAUACGGCGCUUCACGAACGAUCUACUCAAGAUUUUGCGCAAUCGACCAAGCAAGUCGAUUCUUUUGUCCCAGCUACCGUUUAUAUUCUCCCACGCCCAGAACCGACUGUUCGAUGUAACCGAUUACGGCGUCUGUGACAUCUACGAUAUCGUGGAUGGACUCGUGUACAGCAACUCGAUUGUAACGAAGGUGUGCAAUGAGGAUGAUAUGCUGAUCUCGAUCGUGAAGAGAAAGCAAACGCCCGCAGAGCUGGAGAAAACUGCCGUGUUUGCGGCGGAGGUAAUAGAACUGUUUCGCAAGGCACCUCAGUUUUCGAUUCCCUUCAAGAAACUCGUCCGCUCGUAUCACUAUCAUUUCGGUUACCAGUGUCGUUUGAGCGAUUAUGGACUGCUCAAGCUGUCCGAUCUGCUCGAGGCACUUGGAGGGCUUGUGGAGAUGGAACAAAGUAACGAUGAGGAUCGUAAAACGUAUCUCAACUAUAGGGUUGCAUCUAGAAUCUUCGCCGAGCAGGUACAGGAGAUCAUCAAACACUGCACGGGCAAUCCUUGCUCUACGGUGCGCCUGAAUGGGAUCCUCAAUGUUCAUAAGAACAAGUACGGCUAUCAGCUGCAGGCGGGAUCACUCGGGUUUUCCAACAUGUUCGACGCCAUAAAGGCACUGCCGUACACGGAGGUGUUUGAGUCCGGUGGCGAGUAUAUGGUGAUCUCGUACAUGGAGGAUCCCACCUUCCGCAUGCGUACAUAUGCGGUCUGCAUCUUGCUGAUCGAGUCGCAGAAGGACCGUUUGCCGAUCAUGGAGCUAGCUCGCGUUUACCAACAACGUUUUCGGGACUAUCUGAAUGAGAAACAAAUCGCGAGCAUGAAGCACGCCUUAACGAUCGAAGUGGAUAAAGGGUUGAAUACUGUGACAAUGACACCGCUGAUGAAGUUUGUCGUGCGCAUGGUACAAGUGUUGAAACAGCGAGCCCCAAUCACUCUGUAUGAUCUUAAACAAACCUUAAACGUAUCGCUGAAAACGUGUUUCGAAUUCGGAUAUCCAAACCUGUCAUCAGUCAUCAACGCCUUUGCCGAUGUAUUCAAUGUUGCCAACUUACCGUACCUCAACGAACGCAGCGAAAUUGAUCUGAACCGGGAAUGCAUCCUGUCCAAAGUGUCCUUUGCGGAUCGCAAUGGUACAAUCGCAAAUGGCAAACAACCGCCUGCAGCUAGGCCUUAUCCACCAUCCACUAUCUCCUCGACGAAUAUGCCAUACGGGGGUGAUCCUUCCUGGCGUCUUGGAAGCAACCCUCCGAACUUUGCCCCAAUGCCACUGCUGAACGAUCCAUUCGCUAUGAAAGCAUUGCAACAGCGGACCGCACCUUCACAGCAGUAUCGCCAAGGUGCACAGCAACAGUUGCUUCCGUUGCAGGCACUUCUAUCCUCCCAACAGCUUACUCAACAGCGUCCUCCGCUCAAUCCGUCCUUCACUAAUAACCGUAAUACAAACAUAGAUCUGCCCAAUCCUUGGUGCAGUGCGAACAACGGUAAUCCCAUGGUGUCAUUCCGCGGUGACGGUAUCGAUUCCUUCUACAAGGAAGCCAAUUAUCAAAACGCUUUACUCACUAUGCAAAAUGGUGCGAUAGAGAACUCACUGAAUAAGUUUCGUUCGUCCGAUUAUACAUUGGAUCUGAUGCCGGCCGCGUUCCAGACGGGCUGUUCCAUGCAGCAAACGGCUGUUAACAGUGGCCUCGCCGCAUUGCCACCCCAGCCCAGAAUCGCGGAGCAGCCUCCGAAUGCCAAACCGUCCCUUAGCAUGGGACAGUUUGGUUACGAAAAACGCAAUCUUACAGAGCUAUACAACCGUCGCAAAUCACUGUUGGAGCUGUUGUCGAACAAUUAUGCCCCGCCCAAACCGGAUACUCCGCCAGCAACGAAUCUUCCUUUCUGGCUGGAUCCGAUUUGGAAUGAUACUCUCGCUUCCCUGGAAUGCUGCUCAAUCGGUAAGGAUACAAACACAUUGCUCAACAUACCGAUUCCGGAGCUGAAAACUUUCAAUAAUCUGCCACCGCUCGACACACCGAGCAUUUUGAUGCCGAAGAAGGAUCUCAUCUUCACCUUCGAUCAAGAUAAGUAG